UUGCAGGUUUGGCACAUUGAACCCAGUGGAAGCAGUUCGUGCAACGAAGAGGAUCUCGAUGAAGCCUGGUCAGCGAUCCGAUCUCAGUUUGGUGGAAAGAUUGGAUUGGAUUCGAUGUUAUAUUGCUUCAUGAAGCACAAUUACAAUAUCGACGAAAUGCUGGAAAAUAUUGAAAUGGAACAAUGGAAGAACUUACCGCAACCUUUUGAAGGGUUGAACAUAGCACAACAAAGAGAAUUUGAACGAGUCCUGCGAGAUCUAAAAGGAAAAAAUUUCGGUUCAAUUCAGGAUAAAUUCAUGCGACAAUAUUAUGUGGGAGAAAUUGUAAAUUAUUAUUAUCUUUCAAAACGAAAAGGAUGCGUGCACGAGCGAUAUACGAGAUGCUCAUGUCGAGAAAGGCUAAGCAAUGCAACGGUUGCAAAAGUGCCACGAUACGAGUGUGCGAAUUGUUCUAAGUAUUUAUGGGAAGGUAGAAAUCGACCACUUAAAUAUUGCGCCGUUUGCCAUCUUUACUUCAAGUAA